CUAAGUUCCGCCAACACCCACGCCACGCCACGCAACAGCUCGAAUCACUCGACUGUGUAAACGCCGUCCGUCAACUCUUUAGUGAGUUAGUUCUUAACGUCCAACAGCUUUCGGGCUGCGCAUGCGUGUCCCAUGUGUCAAGUGCUCGUCGACUGCGACCAGGCGCUCCCUUUUCGGGCCGAAAGUCUUGCUACCGUCCGGACUGUAAAGUGCUUGCAGACACGCGCGUCGAACUCGUGCUGAUGGGGAAGAGAAUCGCGUGCAUCUGGUCAUUGGUCAACUUCCUCGCGCCUUUGCUGGUUGCCACGGUGAUGGGGAAUCUCCACACAUCCACUGUCCCAGCAGAAGCGAGGUGCCAGGACUUGGGUGAGUUGCGUGUCCUGGAAGGUGAGGCGUCGUGGGUGCGCUGUCCCUUCUGGGGCCUCGCCAAUCGCUCGUCGUCGCACGCCCUGACGUGGUACCGCCUCCUCCCCGGACACCUUGAACGCCCAAUCAAGCGCAGUGCGCGUGUGAGCACCGAGCGCGACUGCUUGCGCUUUCAACCGGCCGUGGCUGAGGAUUCGGGCCGCUACGCCUGCCGGCUACGGUCAGAAGCAGCGCCACACACACGCAAAGAUAAACGUACCAAAAAAGACACACGCUGGGUUACACGUGCGCGAUACGUGACCGUGACGGCCGCCUCCUCCAGGAACCGGUCGGCGUGCGUGAACGUGACGGUCGUCAGCCGGCCGCAGGAGGCGUCGGAGGAUCCGAAAUGCCAUUGGCCGCUCGCCGCCGAGCCCGGUCAGGUCGUCGUCCCUUUGGAGGGCGACAGGGUUGUGGAGUGCCCCGACUGGCGAGAGGCCGCCGCCGUGGCCGACGACGCGCCCGCCGUCAUCUGGUACCACGCUUGCGAGCAGCCCAACCGAUGGACUAGCGACCGCGAGCAGGACGGCGCCCGUCUUCGGGUCCACUACAUGGUGGACCACUACCAAGGCCUUUACGUGUGCCAGGUGCGCUACCGGCGAAGCGGCCGAGCGCUUCAUUUCACACGCGGCCUCAACGUCACCGCUGUCUCAGCCUCUUCACUGCCCAAAGUGCCCAGCGUGCUCCAACCGACACGCGAGCAUGUCUUCAGCGUCAAACGGGGCCGGGACGUACGUCUGCUAUGCACGGGACACUUUCCCUACUUGGACCAGGACUUGGAGUGGGACAUCUGGUGGAGCGUGGACGGGAACCGGCCGGAGGAGCUGGCAGAGCACCGAUUCUCCGUAAGCAACAGGCGGUUGCACAGCCGAUACGGCGAUCGCACCGAGGAGAGCGUCCUGCUGAUUCGCAACUUUGGCUCCGAGGACCUCGGCAAGACUUACAACUGCUCCGUGAGCAACCGGAAAGGAUUCCAGACGCGCAGAGCGCAGCUUGAAGAGGAAGCGUCCCUGCCGUGGUCGGAGCUGGCUAGCGGUCUCGCCGUCACGCUGGUGCUGUCGCUGCUCGUCUCGGCGCUUUACCGGGUCUUCCGGCUGGAGCUGCUGCUGCUCUACAGGUCCCGCUUCGGUACCGACGAGCGCUACACGGACAAUAAGGAGUUCGACGUGUACAUGUCGUACGCCAGGAAGAGCGAGGAAGAGCAAUUUGUUCUGAGGACACUCCGCCGAGUCCUGGAGAACGAUCUGGGAUACACCGUGUGCAUCUUUGACAGAGACAGCCUGCCAGGCGGGACCAUCACUGACGAGACGCUGAGCUUCGUGGCUCGCAGUCGCCGCCUGGUGGUGGUGUUGGGCCCCGGCUACGCUCGACAGGGCUCCCAGGCCCUGCUGGAGCUCAAGGCGGGAAUGGACGGCCUGGCGGGCGGCCACCUGCGCCUGGUCCUGGUCCAGUACAAGCGCAUGCGGCGGCAGGAGUGGGUGCGCGAGCUGAGGCGGGCGCGCGUGGCGCUGGCCACGGUGCGCUGGCGGGGCGAGCCCUCGCGGGAGCUGACGUCGCGCUUCUGGAAGAAGCUGAGGCUGGAGCUGCCCGUCAGGAGGCCGCCCGGCGCCCUUGGGGAUGAGGAAGGAGGCCAGGGGGCGGGGCUAAUGACCACCCCCAACCAGACUCCUCUCAACCCCGAGGCCUCGUGAGCUUGCCGCUUCUGCAGAAAGAGCAUCCAUUGCGCCUUUUCCUCCUUCAGCUGACUUGGGCAGAGGGGAGACCGAGCAAAGUGGUCGCCCAAAGCUCACAACUGCGCGCCGGCCGUUCUGGAAAAUAUGCCGUCUGACAUUUCCUGAACAAACUGGGUGCUGCCCGAUGCGCUUUGCUCUCAUUUCAUUGUUGCGCAACCUGAUGCAGGCGAAGAUUUAAGGAGCGCUAGAGAUUGGCCGGCGGGCCGCCGAUGGCUUCACCCCUCCCGACGGCGGAAGUGGGCCGGCCGCUGCCGCCGCGUGACGUCAGCCAAGGCGCGCCUCCGAGCACUGCCCCGACCGACCGACCGACCCGUCAACGAACCCUGAUGACGUUUUAGCUCACAUCAGCAUUUGGGGCUCUGCCAGGCAGUCACCAGAACCAGAAGGAAUCACUUUGAACGCUAAAGUCAACGUGCUCAUUUCUCCCGUGACAUUCAUCUCACUUUGUGUGCCGACGAUCCGCUUCCGUGUCUCUCUCUGCCACUGCUCUAAACUGUUUCUGUAUGCACUCAUUCACUCACUUGUGUUAUCACCAAUAAAAAGACUCCAUCAAUCAAGAA